ACAAAAACAACUCACGAAAUUUUUUCCUGGAAUUAUUUUCCUCAAUUUUGCUGCGAAAAACCUUGAAUUGUCGUCGAAUCUCGUGUUAUUCCGUGGAAUUUUCGUGUAUCCUGCUCGUUCGUGUCGAAAAUCGUUCCGAAACUCGUCAUUUUUGGGUGAAAUAGAGCAGCGAGUUGCAGAAGGAAGGGAAGAAAGGAGAAAAAAAGUCGAAAUUGGAGCAAACACGGAGAGAAAUGCCUUUGGGGAGUAGCUUACUAUGGAAACACUUCCUCUAAAGGGAUCCAGAAAGUCAGUCACGUCUCCGGGAAAUCAAAAAUACGACGCAGUUCAAUAACAUAUGUGGGGGCGUAUCAUAGAGAAUCGUCACUCGAGACCUGAUAUUAAAUACACUCCAAUCCAUUCGAGUAAACGAGAUAAUACAAGCAGCUCCGAAGUCCCUCACUCCACUUUUUCGGACGAUGAAUUAAUUGAUAUUACGCCAGCGAAUAACAUUAGAUUACGGACAAUGGUGAGCAUGGAGGAAGGAGCAGCAUCGCCCAAUGGCAACUAUGUGCGGGAAUUCGAUCCCGAAGCAACUGAUGUGAUAGAAAUUCAAUAUUUAGAGAAUAAAGGAGGAAUCUCAUUUUCGGGCAUGACCGAUACAAGCGACGACAUACCGGGAAUCGGGCAAUAUGAGGAUUUUCACACGAUUGACUGGCAACGUGACAUUGCGCGAGAUCGUAUGCGACAUCGAUACAUCAUUAAGAAGCGACAAAACUCAAUUUGUGAUUUAAUUAAGGGUGCCCACGAUGCAUGGUCGGGAUGGCUUUGCGUCUUACUCGUUGGCUUAAUUACGGGAUGUGUUGCUGGCGUCAUUGACAUCGGCAGUAGUUGGAUGACCGAUUUAAAAUUCGGAAUUUGCCCGCAAGCCUUUUGGCUGAAUCGCGAACAAUGCUGUUGGUCGUCCAGCGAAACGACGUUCGACAGUAAAAAUUGCUCCCAAUGGCGAACAUGGUCGGAAAUUCUGGGAUCGUCACGUGAAGGCGCCUUCGCCUACAUCAUAUCAUAUUUUUUCUACGUUUCGUGGGCAUUGCUGUUUGCGGCACUUGCUGCGUCGCUCGUACGGAUGUUUGCGCCGUACGCUUGUGGCUCGGGAAUACCGGAAAUUAAGACAAUUCUCUCGGGUUUCAUCAUUCGCGGAUAUUUGGGCAAGUGGACAUUGAUCAUCAAGAGUGUUGGCAUCAUGUUGUCUGUGUCGGCGGGAUUGACGCUCGGCAAGGAGGGUCCAAUGGUGCACAUUGCGAGUUGUAUCGGAAAUAUUUUGUCGUAUCUGUUUCCGAAAUACGGCAGAAAUGAGGCGAAAAAGAGGGAAAUUUUAUCGGCAGCUGCUGCAGCGGGCGUUUCUGUUGCUUUCGGAGCUCCCAUUGGCGGAGUGUUGUUCAGUUUGGAAGAAGUUUCGUACUAUUUCCCGCUGAAAACGCUUUGGAGAUCGUUUUUCUGCGCCUUGAUCGCCGCUUUCAUCUUGCGCUCGAUCAAUCCCUUCGGAAAUGAGCAUUCCGUGCUGUUUUUCGUCGAAUACAACAAGCCGUGGAUCUUUUUCGAGCUGAUUCCCUUCAUCUUGCUCGGCAUUAUGGGCGGAUUUGUCGGAACGCUCUUCAUCAAGGCGAAUCUCUAUUGGUGUCGCUACCGCAAAUUCAGCAAACUCGGGCAAUAUCCCGUGGCAGAAGUGCUCAUCGUGACUCUCGUUACUGCAGUGAUUGCCUAUCCCAACCCCUACACACGCAUGAACAUGAGCGAACUAAUUUACCUGCUUUUCAGUCAGUGCGGCAUCAGUAACAGCGAUCCGCUGUGCGAUUACAACCGAAAUUUCACCGAUGUCAAUUCGGCGAUCGAGAUUGCAGCUGCCGGUCCGGGCGUUUAUCAAGCAGUAUGGUUGCUCAUCUUGACGUUCGUCAUGAAAUUCGGCUUGUUUAUCUUCACGUUCGGCAUAAAGGUGCCCUGUGGCUUGUUCAUUCCGUCACUGUGCUUGGGAGCCAUUAUGGGACGCAUUGUGGGCAUCGGUAUGGAGCAGCUGGCAUAUCAUUAUCCGAAAAUUUGGAUAUUUUCGGGCGAAUGUUCGACGGGGGCGAAUUGCAUAACGCCGGGAUUGUACGCGAUGGUGGGCGCGGCGGCACUUUUGGGCGGCGUAACACGCAUGACGGUGUCUCUCGUGGUCAUCAUGUUCGAGUUGACGGGCGGCGUACGGUAUAUUGUGCCAUUAAUGUGUGCCGCGAUGGCAAGCAAAUGGGUUGGCGACGCCUUGGGACGUGCUGGUAUCUACGAUGCGCAUAUCGCGUUGAACGGGUAUCCGUUCCUCGACAGCAAAGACGAGUUUCAACAUACGACGUUGGCGGCAGAUGUCAUGCAACCCAAACGAAACGAGACCCUUUCGGUUAUCACUCAAGACACAAUGACUGUCGAGGACAUUGAAACGCUGCUAAAAGAGACUGAGCACAAUGGCUAUCCCGUUGUCGUGUCAAAGGAGAGUCAAUAUCUCGUUGGAUUUGUUCUGCGACGCGAUUUAAAUCUAGCAAUUGCCAAUGCCAAACGAAUGAUCGAAGGAAUCACCUCCAACUCGUUGGUUCUCUUCACGUCAAGUAACGCCGUAGUGCAAAAUUUGGGCCCGCCUCCAUUGAAAUUGAAGAAAAUCUUGGAUAUGGCGCCAAUUACGGUGACAGAUCAGACGCCAAUGGAAACUGUCGUCGAUAUGUUCCGUAAAUUGGGAUUGCGACAAACGCUCGUCACGCAUAACGGACGAUUACUGGGAGUUAUUACGAAGAAAGAUGUCUUGCGACAUAUCAAACAGAUGGAUAACGAGGAUCCGAGUACGGUGUUGUUUAACUAAAUGCACGAAAUAAAUGUAAAUAUUACACUGGAGAUACUAUCAGUAUAUAGGAAAGAAACAAAAAAAAAUGAAAUAUUAUAUAUUUAAAAAGAUGUAAUUUAACCAAAUUAUUGCUAAAUAAACUAUAAAAAUCGAUUUGUUUUUUGUCA